AUGCUGCUCGGCUACGACGUCAGCAACGUGGCCAACAUCCAGGCGCCCAUCGUGGACGCCUUUGGCCGCGUCGAGCUGCUGACCUGGGUCGCCAUCGGCUACACGGCCGUCAACGCCUGCGUCGUCCCGCUCUGCCGCCGGCUGUACAUGUUUGGCGAUGCGCGGUGGCACUUUUACGUCUACGCCGUCAUCUGGAUGGUCGGUGCUGCUGUUGCCGGGGCUGCGUCGAGCAUGGAUGCCGUCGUGGUUGGCAGGGCCAUUAUUGGCAUUGGUGGUGCUGGCUUGUAUCAGGGCAUCAUGUUCUACAACUACACCUUCUCUACACCCCUCGAAGCCACCCGCGGCCAGGCCCUGGUCGGCGUCGGGUUCGCCAUCGGCCUCCUCCUAGGUCCCAUCAUCGGCGGCGCCUUUGCCGAGAACCAGUCUGCAACCUGGCGCUGGGCCAUGUACAUCAACAUCCCCGUCCUGGUGGCCCUCUGCAUCGGCUGGGUCUUCUUCCUGCCUGCCCUGUAUCUGGGCCAAGUCACAGGCCGCCCGGCCCCUCGUCUCCGCGACGUCGACGUCCUGGGCUGGGUGCUCCACAGCGCCUUUUUUCUUAUGCUGUGCUCCAGCCUCAUCUUCUCGGGCUCGCGGUGGGAGUGGGGCUCGACGUCGUGCAUCGCGGCGUGGAUAAUGACGGUGGUCCUGUUCACCGUGUACGCGACGCAGCAGGGGUUCUGCAUCUUCACGACGCCCGAGGACCGCAUCUUCCCGGUCGGGGUGUUUCGCGAGCGCACCUCUGCGCUGCUGGUGGUGUGCGUGGCCAUGGCGGCGGCGGCGUACGGCAUCUCGCUGUACUACACGCCGCUCUUCUUCGCCUUUACGCACGGGGCCGACCCUCUGCAGGCCGGCGUGGACCUCAUGCCCUUCAUCGGGACCUUUGUCGGCACCACCAUCCUCGCGAACCUCCUGCUGCCGCGGCUCAAGAUGUACGCGCCGCUGUACGUGCUGGGCGGCGGCAUCAUCGUGGUGGGCUCGGCGCUGCAGACCCUCGUGGCCGUCGACGACCCCAAGUCCCUCGUGCUGGGCAAGCUGGCCAUCGUGGGCGCCGGGCUGGGGCUGGUGUUCCAGACGGGGGGCAGCGUGCUCAAGGCGGUGGCGGCGGGCGAUGCGGUGCGCGAGGGCGAGUACAUCACGGCGUUUGUGACGCUGCAGAUGUCGGGCGUGGCGCUCUUCACGUCGGUCGGCGGCUGCAUCUUCCAGAACCUGGGCGUGAGGUACGUGCGCGAGGCCAUCGAGCGCUUCACCGAGGGGCGGCUGAUCCCGGACGACGAGAGCGUGCGCAGGGCCCUGGCCGGCUUGGGCGGGGACCUGCUGGGCGGUCGGGCGCCGCCUGCCGAGCUGCGGCGCCAGAUUGCCGAGGCCGUCACCGAGGUCAUUGGCAAGCUGUACUUUAUCGUGGUUGCCGGCGGCGCGGCCAUUCUGAUCUGCGGCUGCUUGAUGCGCUGGGAGAGGUUGGAUUUCACGCCGGUCGAUGAGGCCAAGGAGGGCGAGGCGUGA